GUUGCGGGAGAGGUGAAGUUUCCAGCCACCACAACAUACAUAUCUUUGGGAAAGUAGUCUUUGGCCGGAGGUUGAUCAAGAGACGAAUAAUGUCUUCUGACAAUGCUCCGUCCCCAGACUCCUCAUCCGCUUCACCACCUGCACCGGACUCGUCCAAAUCAUCACCAUCUGGUCCAUCUCCAAAGGAAUCCCCAAAGGAGUCAUCUUCAGAGCCACCACCCUCCUCGCCACCACCAUCAUCACCACCACCGUCCUCGCCGCCGCCAUCUUCACCACCACCGUCCUCGCCGCCACCAUCUUCACCACCGCCUCCAAAUGACUCAUCUUCACCAUCAUCGCCACCUCCCAAGGACUCAUCUUCAUCAUCAUCGCCACCUCCACCCAAGAAGGAGUCACAGUCUCCACCUGCACCACAGCAGGCGACCCCAUCUCCACCUCAUGCUAGGGAACCACCGGGAAAGGCACAGCCAGCACAGAAGACACCAGAGGCAAAUACUGGAGGUGAGACUUUCAGAGCGCCUCCUCCUCCAGGGCGUUCUCGGACUUCUCCCUCUGGUGCACUCACGCCAUCACGUGGUAGUAGUUCCUCAUCAAAAGAUAGUUCUGAUGAUGACGGCACAUCAUCAUCAUAUAGAGGUAGGAUAGCGGGAGUUGCGAUUGGGGCGGCGGUAAUUAUAAUUGUCUUGCUCGUUGUUUGUGUGGUUUGCAUUAGGAAGAAGAGGAGAAAGCGCCGUGAUAUGCAGUACUAUGGAGAUCCUGCUAAAGCUGGUGGUGGCUAUUACAACACUCAACAACAAAAUUGGCACGAUAUAAAUAAUCCACAAGGAGACCAUGUGAUGAGGCUAAACAACCAAUCGCCUGGUAGUGGUGGUGGUGGUGGUCCUUGGCCUUCACCACCGCCUCAAAUGCCGCUGAGCGGUGAAGUGACCACCAAUUAUUCAGCAGCUCGGGGACCCCCAUUACCAGCCCUCUCACCAACAAUGUCACUUGGGUUCAACAAGAGCACCUUCACUUAUGAUGAGCUAGCAGCCGCCACUAAUGGGUUUAAUGAGGCCAAUUUGUUGGGUCAGGGUGGUUUCGGGUAUGUGCACAAAGGUGUUUUGCCCAAUGGAAAAGUAGUUGCAGUGAAAAGUCUCAAGUCGGGCAGUGGGCAAGGAGAACGAGAAUUCGCGGCAGAGGUGGAGAUCAUUAGUCGAGUCCAUCAUCGGCAUCUUGUGUCACUGGUUGGAUAUUGUAUUGCUGGUGGGCAGAGAAUGCUUGUCUAUGAAUUUGUUCCCAACAAAACCAUGGAAUAUCACUUGCACGGAAAGGGUCUUCCACCUAUGGAUUGGCCAACUAGGCUUCGGAUUGCAGUUGGGUCUGCUAAAGGGCUUGCAUACCUUCACGAAGAUUGCCACCCAAAAAUCAUCCAUCGUGAUAUCAAAUCAGCUAACAUUCUCAUUGAUAACAACUUCGAAGCCAUGGUUGCUGAUUUUGGGUUGGCUAAGCUGUCUUCUGACAAUUAUACCCACGUCUCAACACGAGUCAUGGGAACUUUCGGAUAUUUAGCUCCAGAAUAUGCAUCAAGUGGAAAAUUGACAGAAAAGUCUGAUGUUUUCUCAUUUGGGGUCAUGCUCCUGGAACUCAUAACUGGAAGGAAACCAGUGGAUCCUUCAAAUGCAAUGGACGACAGCUUGGUUGACUGGGCUCGACCACUUCUCACUCGUUCAUUAGAGGAUGGUAAUUACACGGAGCUAGUAGACAUCGGUUUGGACAAUAAUUACAACCCUCAGGAGAUGGCACGCAUGGUCGCCUGUGCGGCUGCAAGUAUCCGUCACUCUGCUAAAAAGCGCCCAAAGAUGAGUCAGAUAGUACGUGCACUAGAAGGAGAAGUGUCGCUGGACAACCUAAAUGAGGGGACAAAACCCGGGCAGAGCUCUAUGUUCAACGCCGGUGGAGGAAGCUCGGACUAUGAUACGCAAGCGUACAAUGCUGACAUGAAGAAGUUCAGAAAGUUAGCCCUUUCAAGUCAGGAAUUAGGGAGCAGUGACUACGGGACUUCAAGUAAUGACUCCAGAGAAAUGAGCACACCCAAGAAAUGAGUAACUUUGAGCCCUCAUCCUCUACAACAAUACUGAAUUAAGAGGACACAAAAUUCACAGUACAGGAAAACUGUAAAAAAGAAAGCAAUUGAUGAUGAUCAUAUAUGCAUGCAUGCAACGUGAUUACUGUUUCUAAUUUGUCAUUGAACUUUGUGAUAAAGCUGAAAAAUGUGAGAUUAAUUGAAGAUUUGGAGUGCCAUUGAUCGGCCGCGGGGCGAUUUGCUUUGGUUAAUUGUGUACUUUGUGGGGUAAUUGAGAUGACCCAGAUGUUAAUUAGCUUAAUUAACUUUGAUCUUUCUCUGAUAAAUGGAUUUGUACUAUACCCGUACAAAUACGUUCGACUUGGAAGAUA